AUGACGCCUUCACAAACUGUAUACAUGUCUGAAGAAGGCCCUGUUGACGUGGUUGAGUCCCUUCGUUCUGCCACACGGUACGAGUUCUUGACGCUGCCAUCGCAGCCUUCCGCAUCUACUGCGAGGACAGGCUCCCAAUUGCGCGCUAUGCAAACCCUGUCGUACUUUCACUCAACCGAAAUCCCUGGAACCGCCAGUCCGCCGAUCCCGAGCUGGGAUGCCAGGCCAAUUUCUGCUGUACCACCGUGGGAGGUACACUAUGCUUCGGAAAAGAAGGGGAUCAAAGGCAUUCUAUCAUACGAUUACCAAUCACCGCCUGAAUUGUUUAGAGCAGCUAUUGAUGGCAUGGUGUUGGCCGUGGUGGAAGUUGAGGACGAGAAAGCGUUUCGCGAAAUCACUGCUGGAUACGACACAACGCUUCAACAACCAGCUGCUUCCGUGCAGAACUCAGCCAAUGAAACUGAGACCCAGGGCAUCUGUCCUGAGCAAGGCAAAUGUACUGAUAAGCUGAAGAUUAUAGAAUCGCCGGAAGGGUUACCGAUGAUCUCCAACACCAACGACGCCACGCUUGAUCCCAAUUACUCCCGUGUCAUGGGGCUUGCUCUCGUGCGAGGCGUCGACACAAUAAACAAGAAGUUGCAGCUCAUCUCGCCGCUUACGGAAUCGCAAAUACAGAGCGCGCGCUCACAGGGCCACGAUAUCAUUCUGCUACAUGGAAAGUUUGACGCGCCGACUUGGGCGUAUGCCGAGGACUUUUUCCACCAGCGCGCCACGGCGUCGCUCGAGGAGCAAGCAGAGCAAAGAGACGUCGACGUGACGUAUGAGGGCGCCGGCGAAGAGAGCCACGGUGCUGUGCAGGAGGAUUACGUGGAAGACGUUCCGCAGGAUGCGCCUGCGGUGCCGUGGCUGGAGAUCCUUCAAGGCCAUCAGAAGCGGCCUGUCGGGUCGGGGGUCUGGCGCGUCCGGCGGGAUCUCGGGCGCAGCACGGGAGACUAA